AAAAAAUUGUUAAAUAUUUAGACAGUCCCCUUUGAAAUUGUCAUCAAUAUGUGUAUGUAUUAUUAUAAGCCAAAUUCGAGUUAAGUUUUCGGUUACUUAUUACAAAAAUUUUCCAGUUUCAAAAUGGCCCCACCAAUACUUUGGAUAAUUGGUGGCCCCUCCAGUGGCAAGGGAACACAAUGUGAGAAAAUUGUGGGCAAAUAUGGUUUCACCCACAUUAAUCCUGAUGAAAUUGUAAAUAGAGAGAUUGAAGCGAAAAGUGCAAGUGGUAAAAAAUUCGAAGGUUUACGCUCACAAGGGCAGGAAGUGCCUUUUGAUGAGAUUUUACCCUUUAUCGAAAAACUAAUGAUGGAACAACGUGGCGGCAUAAAAGGAUUCGUUAUAGAUGGCUAUCCUCAUACAUUAGCCGAAGCAAAUUUGAUGGAACAGAGUCUGGGAUCACCAGAUAUGAUAAUUGCUCUGGAAAUUUUACCAGAGUCGGCUGGUGCACGAGCUCAGAGUUCUAGUGGAGGAGCACCGAGACAUUCACAGAGUACCUAUAAGAGAAACGCCAAGUCGAUAUUCGAACAAUAUUCAGACAAACUAGUUCAAAUCGAUGGAGAACGUGAUGUUGAUCAAAUAUUUGAGGAUAUAGUUCCCAAUAUUGAUUUGUUAAUGAAAAAUCGUGGUGGAAAUCGUUUGCCAAUUGAACGUUGAAUAACUUGCAGCUUGCAGCAAAAUUGGCGUUAACAUUAAAUGAUUCUUUGGAAUAUCGAUGGAGCGAAUUAAUUUUUGAAGUGUUAAAUUCAAAAACUUGUAGAAUUU